ACCAACAUGGACAACGCAGACUUGGAGAAGUUGACUAUUUCCCCAGGAAAAUUAUGCCCUGUUUUCAAUCCAAAUACCAUCGAUUAUUCUGUUACCUUAGAGAGCGAUGUAAAGCAACUCAAAAUUGAUCCACUGACAAGUGAUUGUGGAGCUUCCUACAGGAUAUUGGGAGGUGCUGGUAAGAUUUUAGAUCUUCCAGAAGGAGAAACCACUUCAAUUAAGAUCGAGGUAACUGCCGAAGAUGGAACUACAAUCAAGAACUAUAUCAUAAGCGCUACCAGAUUGUCAGCUAAGGAAGCUUUGCUCAGCUACCUGAAAUGUUCAGUGGGGGAACUCAGUCCAGCAUUUGCAGCUAACAUUCAAACCUAUACUACAGCUGUUCCAUUAUCAGUGUCGUUUAUUCAGAUAACAGCAACUGCAGCAGACCAGAAAACGGCUUUGAAACUAAACGGAGGAGAGGAUUUCAAUGCACCAAUCCAGCUCAACUUUGGCGAAACGAAAGUAGAAAUCGAAGUGACAUCUCCAGAUAAAAGUACCUGCAAACUUUACACUGUAAAAGUUUGCAAACAACAUUUAUUAAGACCUGCACACUUUGUGAACAAAGGCGACAUCAAGAAAGCAGAGUGCCCAAUUUGCCUUGGUAUACCACAUAGACCAAAGUCUAUUAAAGGAAGCCUUUCUGGGCGUGUGUACUGUAAAUCUUGCAUUGAUGAGACCACGCGAACCUCAAAACAAGACCCACUGGAUGAUACGCCUUUGAUGGGAGAGUGGAGGCUUGAUGAGUUUGAGCUGGAUAAAGAGUUGUCAACUUCACCAGCCUAUUGUGUGUUUAAACACUGGGGCUGCUCUGAAAAACCAACGUUAUUCGAUUUGGGCAACCACAUGGACUGUUGUGAAUACAGACCAGUCAUAGUUGACAAAUCAUCAGAGUUAGUUAAAGCUAAGGUUUUGCAAACCACGUCCAAGGACUGUACAAUGGCCUGCUCAGAUUGUACUCGGCCUGUGCGCACAAAUGAAAUAGAAUUACRCAAGAUGUACAUGUGCACAAGCAAACAAUUUAAUAUUGUUUCAUUGCAUAAAGUGGAAGUUAGAGGAUGGGAGAAAAAGUUAAUACAAGAAACCAGUGAAAAGUCUGCUGAAAAGUUGAUGCUUACAGCAAAAGGAAUCGAAAAAGAUUAUUUGAAAGCCCUUCCCAAGCAUGGAUGUGCUGGACAGUUUUAUGGUGAGGUUCAUCCUCUUCAACUUCUAAAUUCAGCAGCAGAGUGGUAUGCUACAGCUAUCAAACUCACACCCAAAGAUGCAAAAGUUCAUUUUUGUCUUGCUCAAGUAUAUGAGGAAAUGUAUUAUUGUCAGGAUUUAUAUGGACUAAAGCCUCCGAAAACCUCAGAACCUGAAUUAGACUUCAAUUUAAAGUCAAAAGAAAGUUCCAAAGAAGAUGACAUUCAAGCUCUUUGUGAGUCACGUGGUGUUGGUCGAAAUGCUCCUUUGAGUUUACAGCUUAAGGCUUUAGAUGACGAAUACCACUACCUUGUGGAACAAGGAAGAUCUGUUAAGGCUGAAUAUGUACAGGAACUAUAUGUAUUCAAAUCAAAACAGACAUUAAAGGAUUGCAAGACUGCUGAAAUAGUUGUUAAUGAAGAAGAGCCAUUAGGUAAAGCCUAUCUGAAGUAUAUGGAUGCAUUAGCAUGCAAUGUGGAUAAUCACCUAUACAGCCUGCAUGUUGGUAGGAUGCUUGUACUUCAAGGUAAACAUGAUGAGGCUGUACCUAGAUUGCAGACUUCAGUAGGACUUAAGCCAACAAAUAUUGAGUCAAGAUUUUAUCUAGGUCUCGCUUUAGUCCAGCAAACAGAAGGAGCUGGUACACGAAAAGAUGAAGCAAUUGGAUACAUAUCAGAGGGUUUGGAAUAUAUGUUGAGUUAUGUUCCAGGGGAAGAAAAUCAUGAAUUUGGAGCAACCAAACCAAUAAAAGUACCUAAUAUUCAUUGUCUUCAAGCAUUUUUGAUACUGGCAGAUCAAGUGAAAGGUAAUCCUACAUUGCCUGUUGGGGUAAUGUCUUCAGGCGAUGCAUACCACUGUGCUGCAAUAGUUUGUACACGAGUUAUGCACUCUCUUGUUGCUAGAGGUCACACAUAUUAUGCAGUAGAAUGGAUUCUGUUUCAAGCUCAUUCCUCACUUCUACAGUUGGCUCUCGAGGCAGACAAUAAUAACAAACCAAUUGACCAAAAUUUGGUUACAAGUCGAUGUGACAAUCUCUCAGCACUUAUUAAAAACUCUAGUAUUCCACCUGAGAAACAAGUUUUGGAGCUACAAGAAAAGACGUGUCAGCAAGCAGUAUUGCUACAGCCGUCAAACAGCAGAUCAAUCUACCUUCUAGGAGAUGCGCAGUUACGCUGCUAUGACAACGAUCCAACAAACAGCAAAGACCGUUUACUUGAGUGCGAGGAUACCUAUCGUGUUAGCUUAGAAUUAGAAGGUAAACCUUCAGGAGGAAAGUCAUUACCUGAGAAAAUAUGCCAACAAAACUGGUACAAAGAGCGACAAGCUAAGUCUCAGUCAGAAGAAAAAGCAAAGAGUACAUCCACUACACAGAAACCUGCCACAUCUUCAAAGAUAAGUGGUGUGAUAGGAAAAGGAGCUGCUCCAGCGAGAGGUGGUGUGUCUGCCAGGGGACGCGGAACUACAAGUAAUGUUGGACGUGUGGGUAAUACUCCAAGUACCAGAGGAGGAGUGUCAGCUAAACCACCAGUUGCAAGAGGUAGGGCAUCACCAACAAAGGGAACUUCUACGCAGUCGAGGAGUGGAGUUGCGGUUGCCAAACAGACAACUUCUGCAGCCAAGUCUUCAGCAUCGCCAACCAAACCGCCGUCAUCUCACAAAAGUGGCUCGUGUGCGGCAACGAAGUCACAUUCGCAAAUUGAAAAAACGCCAGAGAAACAAGACGUUAUUUCUAGCAAAUCAAAAGGUGAGGCAGACAAGCCUGUGGGACCAAUCAACAAGCCUGCUUAUCAAUCCCGUCUAGGACUUGCGAGAGUCCUAGUACGCAAAGAUGCAGACAAGGAUGAGAUCCGUAAGCUUUAUGAGGAAGUCAUUUCCUUGGCGCCAGACUUCCAUGACGCGUACAUUGAGCUGGCUGAUUCCCUUAUCAAUUCAGAUCCUAUGAAGGCUGUUGAUGUUUAUUCAAAGUAUCCUUUUAAAGAAAAUCAGAGCUUUGACGAUGCCUACAUUCACGGGGAAAUCGUACGAAUCAUUAUGAAAUACGAGAAGUAUGAUGACCCCAGGCUUGGACCAAGUUUGAUUUCUUUGGGAAAAACUAUGGGACUAACUGUUAUCGAGAAGUACGUUGAGGCACUAGAUAAGACCUUCAAAUACAGUAAGCUUUUAUGUCAAGUAUAUGCUGGGGUACAUGGGAAAGAUGUUGACGAUCCUGACCUUCAUCAGUUUUUUAAAUUCAAGUGUUGGAUUUAAGGCUGAGUGAAUGAACCUCACUUUCUGUAUGGCCCGAACUAAGAGGCUAACACUUUUUUUAGAGGAUUGCAAAGUGUUGCCUUGAUGAUAGGGCUAAUUCUGUUAGGUUACUCAUUGCCUCCAUUUAUCCGAAAAGUAUGAUCAAGAGCCAUAUCUGAAAUAUUUUUGGUAUUGAAUAACCAUUUGUAAAACUAGUUUGUAUUGAUUCACUUCGCAAGUGUUUUAUUUCAGGCCAGUUGUACCUUUGGGUAGUAAGAAUGGUUAAAAAGACGUCAUAUACUGUUAUUGGUGUGAUUUUGGAUAUCGUCUUUUUCCUUGUUUUAACAUUCUGGUCAUGAAUAGCUUUAAGUAAGAAAUAAAACAGUGAAUAGUGUGGUCAUCAGUCGGCCUCGUCGCUUUAUUAAUAAGCUUCUCUUUGUUAUCAUAUAUUAUUAUCAUAUUAUUUACAACUUAUAUUGCUAAUGGUAUCCGAGUACAUGUUCGUGAGAAUAAAUAGAUUGUUGUAAAACGA